CACCAGUGUCAGUUCAGCUCCUGUCGGCUGUGUCGAAGAGGACGAAAGUGACCUUUAAGAACUGUGAAAAUGCGUGCCUUCCAAGUUGUUAUAUUUGUGGCCGUUUGUGCUGCUGCUAAUGCUGGCUACAUUGGUGCCGGGUAUGGAGGUGGUUUGUCAGGCUAUGGAGGUAGCCAUGGAGGCUACAGCGGCUACUAUCCUGUCCAAGCAGACUAUGGACAUGGACAUAGCCAGGAUUAUUAUUCAUACCCAAAAUACUCCUUCGACUAUGCAGUAGCAGACCCUCACACCGGAGAUCAUAAGACGCAGUGGGAGAGCCGAGAUGGUGAUGUUGUCAAAGGUGCUUACUCCCUUGCCGAACCAGAUGGCACCACUCGCAUCGUUGAAUACACAGCUGACAAAAUUCACGGUUUCAAUGCCGUCGUCAAACGCAUUGGUCAUGCGCACCACCCGCAACACUACAACACUCACAGCUCAGGUGGCUACUACUCUCACUACUAGAUGGCGCUGUUACAACGUAUCAUUUGUUUCCAAUGACGCCCGAUAGAUGGCAUUGCUUUAAGCUAAAUCAAUAAUCCGAAUAAUUCUUAAACCAGUGUCAGACUGUGAUAUUAACUUCGAUGUAUUAUUUAUAAUGUUAAACGUACGUAUCGAAACAUAAUAUAAUUAUCAAAAGGUAAUUAUUACUGUAUUAGCUCGUAAGGUUUGUAAAGUAACGAUGAAUUGUUAAUUUGUUUUGAUACAGC